GGAGCGCGGCCGCCCCGCCGCCCGUUCGCCUCCGCCUGCUGGCCCUGGCGCUGCUGCUGGCGCUCACCGGGCGCGGGGCCACCGCCGAGCCCUCCCGCACCGUCUACACCAACCACUGGGCCGUGAGAGUGCGGGGGGGGCCCGCCGAGGCCGCCCGCCUUGCCGCAGCCUACGGGUACAUCAGCCUGGGGCAGAUUGGAAGCUUGGAAGACUACUACCACUUUCACCACAGCAAGACCUUUAAGCGCUCGACCCUGAGCAGCCGGGGGCCACACAACUUCCUCCGCAUGGACCCCAAGGUGGACUGGCUGCAGCAGCAGGAGGUGAAGCGGAGGGUGAAGAGGCAGGCCCGGGGCGAGCUGCACGCUCUGCCCUUCAAUGACCCGGUGUGGCCCAACAUGUGGUACCUGCACUGCAGCGAUAAGAACAGUCGCUGCAGGUCGGAGAUGAACAUCCUGGCAGCCUGGCAGAGGGGCUACACUGGCAAAAACGUGGUGAUCACCAUCCUUGAUGACGGCAUAGAGAGGAAUCACCCCGACCUCCUGCAAAACUAUGACCCUCUCGCAAGCUACGAUGUCAAUGGGAACGACCACGACCCGACUCCGCGCUACGACGCCAGCAACGAGAAUAAGCACGGCACUCGCUGCGCAGGGGAGGUGGCAGCAGCGGCGAACAACUCGUACUGCAUCGUGGGCAUCGCCUACAACGCGCGCAUUGGAGGCAUUCGUAUGUUAGAUGGCGAUGUAACAGAUGUUGUUGAAGCGAAGUCGCUUGGCAUCAGACCCGAUUACAUUGACAUUUACAGCGCGAGCUGGGGGCCAGAUGAUGAUGGGAAGACAGUUGAUGGACCUGGUCUAUUGGCCAAACAGGCUUUUGAGCAUGGCAUUAAAAAGGGUCGCAGAGGUUUGGGGUCCAUUUUCGUCUGGGCAUCAGGCAACGGCGGCAGAGAGGGUGACUACUGCUCCUGUGAUGGCUACACCAACAGCAUCUACACCAUCUCCAUCAGCAGCACCACCGAGAACGGCUACAAGCCCUGGUACCUGGAGGAGUGUGCCUCCACCCUCGCCACCACCUACAGCAGCGGCGCUUUCUACGAGCGGAAGAUUGUCACCACAGAUCUCCGGCACCGCUGCACGGAUGGGCACACCGGCACCUCCGUGUCUGCCCCCAUGGUUGCAGGCAUCAUUGCCCUGGCAUUGGAGGCAAACCCCCUGCUCACCUGGAGGGAUGUCCAGCAUCUGCUGGUCAAAACCUCACGGCCAGUGCACCUGCGAGCACCUGACUGGAAGACCAAUGGUGCGGGGCACAAAGUUAGCCACCUAUAUGGCUUUGGGCUGGUGGAUGCAGAUGCUAUUGUGGUGGAAGCCAAGAAAUGGAAGACAGUCCCUCCUCAGCAUGUCUGCGUGGGAAGCCUGGACAGGGUGGCCAAGUACAUCCGCGCCGACCACGUGCUGCGGACCAGCACCCUCAGCAGCGCCUGCGCCGACCAUCGCCAUCAGCACGUGCUCUACCUGGAGCACGUCGUGGUGAGGCUCAGCAUCUCGCACCCACGCCGGGGCGACCUCCAGAUCAGCCUCAUCUCUCCGGCAGGGACCAGGUCACAGCUCCUCGCCAGGAGGGUGUUUGACCACUCCAACAAGGGGUUCCAGGGCUGGGAGUUCAUGACUGUCCACUGCUGGGGGGAACGAGCAGCUGGGGAGUGGACCCUGGAGAUCCACGACACACCCUCCCAAGUGCGCAACCCCACGGUGCAAGGGAAGCUGAAGGAGUGGAGCCUUCUCUUCUAUGGGACAGCUGAGCACCCCUACACCACACUGGGAGGCUCACAGUCCCGCGGGAGAAUGCUGGAGGUGCCAGUGUCAGAGAUGGAGCCAUCAAGAGCUGCCUUCCUGCAGAGCCAGGUGGAGGUGGUGGAGGAGGAGGAGGAGUACACAGGUCCAUGCCACCCCGAGUGUGGUGACCAGGGCUGUGACGGUCCCAAUGCCGACCAGUGCUUGAACUGCAUCCACUACAGCCUAGGCAACAUGAAAACGGGCAGGAUGUGCGUCAGCUCCUGCCCCGCGGGCUUUUUCGGCGACCAAGGCGCCCGGAGGUGCCGCCGGUGCUACAAGGGCUGCGAGCGCUGCGUCGGGAGGGGACCCACCCAGUGCACGGCCUGCAAAAGGAGCCUCUACCACCACCAGGAGAUGGGCACCUGCCUGGUGCUGUGUCCGCCCGGGUUUUACGCCGAGGAACGUCAGAAACGCUGUCUGAAAUGUCAUCAGAGCUGUAAAAAAUGUGUUGGCGAAGCUGACAGAUGUACUGCCUGCAAAGAUGGAUUCAGCCUGGCAGGAGAGAGCUGCGUGCCAGAGUGCCAGCCUGCCAUGUACCUCAGCCUGGAGCCCCGCCAGUGCGAGGCCUGCCCUGCCAGCACAGGCACAGGUGAGGAGGACUGCACACCCUGCACCCCCGAGAGCCCCACACCACACUGGCACUGUGUCCACACCUGCCGUGAGGGCUUCUACCCUGCUGACAGCCAUGGGCUGCCCAAUAAAGUCUGCAAGAGGUGUGAUGACCACUGCUCAGCCUGUGAGGGCUCCAGUGGAAACUGCCUCAGGUGUAAAGAAGGUUUUAGCCUCCUUGGAGGCUCCUGUGUGACAAACGAAACCUGCACCAAUGCUGACAAGACUUUCUGUGAGAUGGUGAAAUCAAACAAGCUCUGUGAAAAGAAGCUGUUUGUGCAGUUCUGCUGUCAGACGUGUCUUAUGGCCGGGUAAAGUUCAGCCGCUGCAUCCAUCCAGGACUUCCACCAACUGCCAGCCUGGUUUUGCCAAAUGUUUAGGACAAGAGUUUAUUUUUUCAGCUUUGGGAGAGUUUACAUGGUGCUGCCAAGCAUUCGCUCGUGAGUUUGAUAGCUUUAAUAUCACCGUCGGCGCAGCGUCUCGACAGCAGUAUGCUAAGCAGGGAUGGGCUCGUACCCUGAAUGAUCGGGUCCCGAAAGGCAGCAGGCGAGGUGAUAUUAACACUCUCAAACGCUUCUCAUGAGCAGGGACCGAGGCACGAUCCAUGUACACACACUUGGUUCUUCACAGAAUUCCUACUGAUCUGCCGGCUCCGAGGGGGCUGGCAGGAGCCCUUGCUGCAAGGGGUGCAGGACUUGACAGCCCUGCGAAGAAAGAGCCGUUUCUGGCUUGGCUUUUGGUACUCUUCUCUGCUAGGCGAUGGCUGACCCAAACUUGCAUCGCGCGCGGCCGGCGCCACGCUCUGUACAUAGGUGAAACGAUGAAUUAGGUGGUUCUUGGAGCGGUGCCCUCCAGCCUGCUCUGGCACUCCUGUUCGGAUUCGGUCUGUAGCUGUUUCUCUCUGGCCGUGGCAAUAACUGGAGAUUUGAGGACCAAAGCAAGAGCUGAUCCCCGUGGCUCUGAGCCGUGUCAGCCCGGCGAGUCCGCAGGACGUUCGCAGGCAGGCAAAACCCUUGUGCCUACAGCGAGUCUUAGGGACUCGGGGAGGGGAUUCACCCACGUGGGCCAGCCUGUGGGAUCACAGCCUUACCGCGAAUUUCCCUCCUGGAACUACUAGUAAGUUGCUGAUUAACUGGAACGAGCUAGAUCCUUCCUCUAAACGAGAUGGUGUCCCAAUUAACCUCUCCUGGCAUCUUGCCUUGUGAUCCUUCCCCUGUUUCACUGGGUGUACCCUUCUCUCUCACAACAUUCUCCUGCUCGUGGCAGUCAUUUGUUCUUGGGCAUCUGUUUCCAGAAGAGGCAUUCUAAGGAUCUGGCCAGGAAAACUCUUUAAAUCUACAAAGCCCUUCCCCAAAAGAAAUCUUUUCAUGCUCUCUCUUACUAGUAAGUCAUGUGGUGUUUAUAUAAUUGUGUUUGAAAUAUCCUUGGCUAUGUUGUUUUACAGAUUUUUAAAAAAUAACUUAUACAAUCCUUGUUGGGUGGAUUUUUUUUUCCUCUCUGUGGACUAUUUUUUAUAUGGGAGUGGGGAAUCUUUUUGUUUUUUUUUCGUGUGUCUUACAUCUUCCUUUUCUCCCCUCUGACCUUGCAGAGCCGCUCUUUGCACCAGUCAUAUGUAAACACUCUUUCCAGUGCUGCAUGUUCUGAUCUUUGUUGCUAAUAACUUUUUGCCAGUGAAAUUCACAGUAGGGAUUGCCACCAGUUCCUGGUGGAGCUGGCAUGAUUCCUGCUUGGUUUCAGCUUCAACGACACUUGCCCUGCCUGGGCUUGCCCACUUAGAGCUUACCUCAGCCAGGCGGAAAGGGGAGAGCCACACUGUCACCAGUCCUCACCUGCCUGGACCAAACCUAAGGAAAGAUGGAGCUUUGGUGAACUGACCUUUAAGUUAAUAAACUAUUGAUCCGCCCUGACAAA